UCCCCCAUCAGUCCCCUCUCUCUCAUCCCCUCUUCCUCUCUCUCCACAUACACCACAACAACAACCUUGAGUUGAUCACAGCAAACACAUCAAGGGACAAAGCCAUGGAGCUCAUCAAGAUUAUGCUAAUCAUAGCAACAACCAUGGCUUUGUCCAUCACUCUCAUGACCGUGAACAGGGCCGGUCGUGAAGCAGAAGAGAAACCCUCUUUCGUGUCGGAAGAGCACCCCCUCUACGACGAGAAAAAUCUGCUUCUGCCUUCGAAAAGGGUGAGUCGUUUCCUGGCUGAGACUAAAAACCCUAGAGCAGCCGACCAUUGCAACAAGGACAACGAGAUCUGCGCCUACUUGGCAGACAGCUACACGAACUCGACAUGCUGCAACAACAAGUGCAUGGACUUGUCCGAGGACAAGCACAACUGCGGCGCCUGCAAGAAGAAAUGCAAGUACACUGAGACGUGCUGCAGAGGAGGCUGCGUUGACACGAAUUUCGAUAAGAGGCACUGUGGAGGCUGCAACCAGCGGUGCCAAAAAGGCCAGUAUUGUGUGUACGGCCUGUGUAACUAUGCCUGAUUCAUUUCAUAAGGGCCGUCCGUCAACUGAUUGUGAGUACUCCUGAGGUUUGUACGUAAUUUUAUUCAUAUUGCAAUAAAAAAACCACAAUAAAAAAAAAAUGGUGGUAUCUCAAUUAUAGUUAAUUUACUUUGAUCGAUUAUACA